GUUCAAUAAAUAAAUAUAAAAAUUUUAUAAUAUUAAAUAUUAAUACCAUGAUUACUAAAGUUAAUUCCUACGCUUAUUCCUAUCCCUAAAUGUAAAAAAAAAACACAAGCCUAAUCCACCUCUUUAAAAACAAAACAUGCGGUCGAACAUCGUCAUCAUCUUCCUCCUUAUUUCUCUUUGCCGAUCAAGCCAAUGAGAGGUCGCCGGAACUACGUCGGAGCUUCGCCGGAGAAAAAUCCUUUACCAUUUAAUUUGUAAAUCUUCGCCAAUCGAGGUUCAAAAGCCGCUAUUGCUGCCGGGUAGUUGAGACGUCGUCGUGUCUUCCACCGUCGGGGAGGCUGCUGCCAUGUUGGAGGAGUUGCUGCCGCCGGUGGGUCGUCGCUGCCACUACACUUUGUCCUCCUCUCGACUUCCAUUUGUUUAGCCGCUGCUGGGAUUGAUGCGGCGGAUGUGUCUCGCCAGAAAUCGUUGCAGGUCGGAUGACCGCGGAGGAAGGUGGCCGCUGUAACGUUAGUCGCUGGACUUUUGCAGCUACUUCGCCAGAUCGGUGCAUCGGAGAAGAAGGCAGACUGAGGGGUCGUUUGGGGAGUUUUUUUUGGAAUUUAUAGAUUAGCCCCAAACUUCCAAACUAUUUGCAAAUCGGCCUUCCAUUACAAUUUGGCUUUAAGGAGUAGAUGAUAACCUAUAAGAGCAUCUCCAACGGGAGAUGUGAGCUUAAAGCUAAAGUAGCCAAUCUAUAGUAAUUUGACAAUCUAAAUUUAAGUAUUUGCUCCAACCAUAAAAGCUAAAUCUAUACGUAUUAAUUAUUUUUUAUUAUUUGGUUUCAAUCCCUAGGUUUAUCUAUGGCUAAAGCAUGCCCAGUCUUUUUAGAUAAUGCUACAGUAUCAUUUAUAUAUAGAUGAUGCUCAAUCAAAUAUAGCAUGGAGUCUAUUUUAUAGAUCUUCAAUUGGAGAUGCAUUUUAUGAAUAGUAGAAGCUAUAUCUUUUAUAUUAUAGCAUUUGAAUGGUGGGUUGGAGAUACUCUAAGGAGUAGAUGAUAACCUAAAUCUAUUCAAAUCUAUUAACUAAUAAUUGAUGAUAAUUACAUGAGUCCCUUCAUAAUAUUAGGUAGAUUUGAGGUUAAGUAGACAUUGGAAAUUUCAAAUAAGGUUGAGAUUAGAAAUUAAGGUCAUGAAGGUGACGUCGUUCAUCCGGUGGUCUCGAGGGUUAAAAACGUGCGCAUGAUGGCCAUUGACCCCUGGCGAGAGCCAACGGGAGCCUCAACCCCCUCCAUUGUGAGAACUUUGGAGUUAUGAGUGUGGGUUUGGGCGAGAGCCUAGAUUCCAUUACUCCCGUAAGUAUGAAUUGAAUUAUAUCUAGCAGGUAGAUGGAGUAAGUAUGCAUAAGAACUAAGUUGAAAUAUAAGCUAAGGGUAAAUAGUGGGACAGUUGGAUAACAUUAUUUGCUAAUUUUUCUGAUAUUGUUUGAUUAUAUAUUAAUGGGUACUAGUCUAUGAGUUAGUUUUAGCGUUAAAUACUUCCACUCUCCCUAUUUUUACAGGUAGGGAUCAAGGAUUUGAUAAGGAGCAGCCUAGAGGACAGUGAAGCGUGACACUGGUGGAUGACCGAAGCUGUUUUAUUUAAAUUAAAUAACAAAACAAACAGAAUAUAAAGGUAUUUUGACCAAAUGAUAUUUGUUACUUAAGUAGUUAAAUUGUAAAACUGCACAAUGGACCCUAUCGUUAAUUACGACGACGAUCAUCACUCUGAGGAUGAGAGCGUGCAACAGAAUGACCACCAGAAUAUGAACAUGAACCAGGGCGUCCCACACCAAGAGGCGCCGAAUGGUGGGCCUGUUGGGGUCCCACAGAUCGACCCUGUAAUGAUGAUGCAGCUCCUACAACAAGUUCUGAUCAUGAAUCAGAAUGCCUUAGCGCAUGUUCGACAACCGGAACCGAGGAUGACGCUCGAAAGAUUGAAUAAAAACAGCGCUGAAGAAUUCCUAGGCAAGAACAUCGCCGACCCAUUGAUUGCGUUUAGAUGGAUAGAGCGCAUACAACGGGUAUUCGAGAAUUUGAAGGUUCCAACUAGCGAGUGGGCCGAUUUUGCGGUCAUGCUUUUACAGAGUAAUGCAUACGAGUGGUGGAAGCACACUACUCGAAAUGCGAAUCAUCAAGCGAAAGUGACGUGGGCGUACUUUGAUCAAGUGUUCAGAGAGGAGUACAUUCCCGAGUCGUUUGUGGAAGAGAAACGAGAAGAGUUUCUACACCUGGAGAUGGGUACGAUGAGUCUUCCUGAGUAUCAGCAGGAAGUUCUUCGAAUUCGUUAUUUUUUUCAGGAACUAAAAGAUCAAAUGGCAUCAAGGAUGUUCAACGCAGGAGUGACCGAGGGACAAUCAACCACAAGGCCACCGUUGUUUGACGGAACCAACUACUCUUAUUGGAAGGAGAGGAUAAGAAUCUUUAUCCAAUCCAACGACUAUAAGGUAUGGUUGAUUGUGAAGAACGGCUGCGGAGUCUCGAUGAAGAAAGUCGGUGAAGUCAACGUCCCCAAAACCGAAGAGGAGUUCACCGACGAAGAUUGCAAAAAGAUGGAGCUCAACGCUAAGGCUAUAAACAUGAUUUAUUGCGGUGUUAAUUCGGAUGACUACCGCAAAAUCUCGCGGUGUGAAACCGCAAAACAAAUGUGGGAGAAAUUGGAGGUCACCUACGAAGGAACCGCGCAGACCAACACCGACCGAGAGCUUGUGAGAAAGGUGCUACGAAGUUUAUCCCCAAAAUGGCGUUCAAAGGUGGACGCAAUCGAAGAAGGUCGUGACUUCAAAACAAAGACCUAUGAUGCUCUUCGAGGUAAUCUUAUUACCUACGAAACCACCCAACUCUCAAAGGUGGUUGAAGAGAGGAGAAAGAGGUCUAUUGCUCUACCCGCAACAACAUCAACCUAUAACAACGUUGAUGAUGAAGAUGAUGACAACGACGACACCGACCUCGGACUCUUUGUCCAAAAAUUCAAGAAGAUGAUGCUCAAGAAGGGAGUCAAGAAGAACACUCCACCCAAGUGCUAUGGGUGUGGUGAAAUUGGGCACAUCAAACCAAUGUGUCCGAAGCUCAAGAAUGAGAAGGACAAGAGGGCACCGAAGAAGCAAUGUGCCUACAUUUCUUGGGAGAACGAUGGCUCCGGGAGUGAAGACUCAAAAAUGGAGGAACUGGCCAACUUGUGUCUCAUGGCCAUUGAGGAUGGUGAAACAUCAAAAGAGGAAUUCUGGACAGGCUCUUCAAUUUUUAGAGGUCCAGACUUUGUCUUCGAGUCAUUUGUUCUUGAAUCAGCAUAAUUAUCUUCAAUUUAGCCGUUGAAAAUCAAGAGAUUGAUUUUUC